GGAGACACAGGACCUUGAGCAAGAUCAGCUCCAGGUGACACUAGGGGACUGAAGAUACUCUCAUAGGGACCAACAGGAACAAUGGGUAACCAAAUGAGUGUUCCACAAAAACCUGAAGACCAAGAGAGUGAACCGGAAGCAGAGACUUACAAGGUGGCCUUGGACUGUGAGUGUGCCCCGAACGGCUUCCCGGUGGUGGUGUCAACCCACACGGUUCAACACUUCGAUGAAGUUGAUUUGGGAAUAAGUGUCAAGAGGGAUAAUGUGGCCACUUCUUCCCCCAAGACAAUGGAGAUAAGCCCUGUGGCGGAUGCCAACAGAAAGAAUCUUGGGACAGAUGCCAAACCCGAAGCACCAGCUGCUAAAUCUCGUUUUUUCUUGACACUCUCUCGGCCUGUACCAGUACGUACCGGAGACCAAGCCACAGAUUCAUCCACUGGAUCAGUGAGGCUUGAUGUCAGCUCCAAUAACGCUCCAGCAAACAAAGACCCGAGUGAGCACUGGGCACUUCCGGUGGCAGCUGCAUUGGGACAGGACGCCGAUAAAACCCCAGGGCACCCACUGGCCCAGGAGAAGGCCCUUUCUGCCACGGGGGACCCUGCAUCACUCCCACCUGAGACAGGGGGAGCAGCCCCCUCCAAGCCCAAGGACUCCAGCUUUUUUGACAAAAUCUUCAAGCUGGACAAGAGACAAGAAAAGGCGCCCAUUGACAGCCAACAGGAAACCAAGAGGGCAGAGCAUCCAGACGAGGGGGACAGGGCUCCUGGGUCAUCAGGGCUGUCCAACGAUGUCCCUGAUGGGGAGGACAUAGUUGACAGCAAGGAGGAAAGACGAGAAAUUGGAACUGAGAGUGUCCCUAUCCCCGGGGACCCAGAAGGACAGACGAUUGCAAAGGAGGACCCCCAGACAACAGCUAUAACAGAGGAUAAUAAUUCCAUCAUGAGUUUCUUUAAAACUCUGGUUUCACCUAAUAAAGCUGAAACAAAAAAAGAUCCAGAAGACACGGGUGUCGAAAAGUCACCUACCACUUCAGCUGACCUCAAGUCAGACCAAGCCAACUUUAUACCCCAGGAGACCCAAGGGGCAGCCAAGAAUCCUAAAGGCUGCAACCCAUCAGGACAUGCACCAUCUGUGACAUCUGCGGAAACUGCAAAGGAGGGUACCAAGGAGAAAUCAGGCCCCACCUCUCUGCCUCUAGGCAAACUGUUUUGGAAAAAGUCAGUUAAAGAGGACUCAGGCCCCACAGGUGCAGAGGAGAAUGUGGUGUGUGAAUCACCAGUAGAGAUCAUCAAAUCGGAGGAUGCAGAAUCCGCCUUACAAACAGUGAACCUCAACGAAGGAGAUGCUUCACCUGGACCCGCAGAAGUUAAGCUCAAAAGAGCAGACAGUAAAGCACCGAGAACCUCCCUGAUGGCGUUUCUCAGGCAAAUGUCAGUGAAAAGGGAUGAAGGGAACACCCACUCAGAAGAAAUAAAUGGGAAAGAUUCCAGCUACCAAACAUCAGACUCGACAGAAAAGGCGGUCACACCACCAGAGCCCGAACCGACAGGAGCAGUUCAGAAGGGCAAAGAGGGCCCCUCUAAGGACAAGAAGGCGGCAGCAGAGACGAACAAGCAGAAGAACCACAAGCAGGAAGCCAAAGAGCCUGCCCAGUGCACCGAGCAGGCCACGGCAGAUGCGAACUCGCUGCAGAAUGGGGACAAGCCCCAGAAGAGACCUGAGAAGCAGCAGCAGUCCUUCAGGGGCUUCCUCAAAGGCCUGGGACCAAAGCGGAUGUUGGAUGCUCAGGUGCAAACGGACCCAGUCUCCAUUGGACCAGUUGGCAAAUCCAAGUAAACAAAUCACCACAAUCCCUACCCAGUUCUUCUGCCACCAAGAUGUUUUCCCUAAUCCAUCUCCUCCCCAGACACGCUCCAUGUAUAUAUUCUUCUGAAGGCCAUCCAGCGAAAUUCUGCCUACAAAUUAAGCCCAAGCUCUUGUAUAUUGAGGUGUAUUAUUUACGUCUCUGGUGCAGUCUUUUCUGGCAAAUAGCUGUAAAGAUGGUUUAGCAGGUUACCUAGUUAGGUGAAGAGAAUCGAUGAUCCCCAAGCAGGGAAGGAACGGGAUGGAGGAAUGUGUUCACGUUAAGUUACCAAAAAAAAAAAAAAAUGGCAGUGGCAAGUUAAGUGGCAGAAUAAAAAUGCCUGCUAGAAGGAAUUAAGCUUUGGAAUAAACACAUGCUUAUCCUCUAAAAUAAAAGAGAGGCGGCGAAAAUCCAUUCGUUUAAAUUCACAUUUCAAGGAGGGAGAAUCAGGGUUCUGUGCUGGGCGGUUGCCAAUUUCCUGGAAUGGAAUGUGCGGGGUAUGACAAAGGAAUGAAUAAGAGUUGUUUUUCAAAUAGAGUCCUUGAGAGUUAUUGAUGAGAGGGAAAAUAUGGACUGGAGAGGGCUUAAAGUGAUUUGGGAAAACAAUUGCUUCUGAGGCUCAGUUGAUGGGCAAGAAUUACAACUUCAAAAAAACCAAACCAAAACAAAUAAAGUUGCAGUUUUAUCUUGCAACACAAGGAGGCGCCAAGGUCUCCAUUUUUAUCUUGCAUCCUGUAUCCCUAACAAAGAUUUGGUCUCUGCGAUCUUACAUUAUUAAUGUUUCUCAGAUGGCUGAGGGGCUUGCUUCAUCUGUUCUGUCUGACACUUAUCUCAAGUGUGUCUGUAAUUUCCUAAUGUUCUCACGAUGUGCUCUGAUAAAUCCCUCUCCAUAAUCUCAGUUAAUAAAAAUUUACAGAUUAUUCAAACACCUGAGUUUUUUUUAAUACUUGUACAUAGGAGUAAAUAGGACCAUGAGUCUAUUAAAAUGUAAUUCAAUGUAGCAUGAUUGACUGACAGUCAUGUACACUGUAUCUUUCUUUUUUGAUUUAAUUAAAAAAAAGACAUUUACUU